AUGGAAGUUCUCCCGGUCUGCAUCCUCUGUGUCUUAUCUUGGAUUGUUGGCAGCGGCUUAGUGCGGGCAGAUUCAAUCAUCCACAUCGGGGCAAUCUUCGAAGAAAGUGCAGCUAAGGAUGAUGAGGUUUUCCAACUGGCAGUCUCUGACCUUAGCCUCAAUGACGAUAUCUUACAAAGCGAAAAAAUAACAUACUCCAUCAAAUUUGUUGAGGCGAAUAAUCCUUUUCAGACGGUUCAGGAAGCCUGUGACCUGAUGACUCAAGGAAUCCUCGCCCUGGUCUCCUCCACCGGCUGCCCCUCAGCCACCGCUCUCCAGUCGCUUACAGAUACCAUGCACAUUCCUCACCUCUUUGUACAGCGCAGCAACGCCGGCUCCCCUCGCACCGCCUGCCAACUCAUCAGUAACCCCGAGCUGGAGGAGUACACCCUGCCCGCUAGACCUCCCGUUCGAAUUGGGGAUGUCAUGCUGCGACUGGUCAACGAACUUCGUUGGCAAAAGUUCAUUGUUUUCUACGACAGUAACUACGAUAUUCGAGGGUUGCAAAGCUUCCUGGAUCAAGCUUCUCGCCAGGGAUUGGAUGUAUCUCUGCAGAGAAUCGAUCAGAAUAUAAGUCAAAUCUUUGCCAAUCUCUUCACCACAAUGAAAACUGAGGAGCUGAAUCGUUAUCGAGACACACUACGCCGGGCCGUCCUCCUGCUGAGCCCGCGAGGAGCCCAGACAUUUGUCAAUGAGGCAGUGGAAACAAAUUUGGCUUCAAAGGAUAGUCACUGGGUCUUUGUAAAUGAGGAAAUCAGUGAUUCAGAGAUUCUGGAGCUGGUCCACAGUACGCUAGGACGGAUGACAGUCGUACGACAAAUCUUCCCCACCUCGAAGGACCCUCACCGCAGGUGUAUGAGGAACAACCAUCGCAUUUCCUCACUGCUGUGUGACCCACAGGAAGGCUAUCUGCAAACAUUACAGACGUCCAACCUUUAUCUUUAUGACAGUGUCUUGUUACUGGCUGGAGCGUUCCACAGGAAGCUGGAGGAUCGGAAGUGGCACAGCAUGGCAAGCCUGAACUGCAUGAGGAAAUCGACCAAACCCUGGAAUGGAGGGAAGUCGAUGCUGGACACCAUUCAAAAUGGUCAAAUUGUAGGGCUGACUGGACCCAUGGGAUUUGCAGAUGGUACAUCAAACUCCAAUGUUCAUUUUGAGAUCCUUGGCACCAGUUAUAGCGAAACCUUUGGAAAAGACAUUCGAAGGUUGGCUGUCUGGGAUCCAGUGAAGGGCCUCAAUGGGAGUCUACAGGAGAGGCGUUUGGAAAGUGACAUGCAAGGAGUCACUUUGAAAGUGGCCACUAUUCUGGAGGAGCCCUUUGUAAUGGUGGCUGAGAACAUCUUGGGACAACCAAAACGCUACAAGGGGUUUUCCAUCGAUGUCCUCGAUGCACUGGCAAAGCAGCUCGGAUUUAAAUAUGAGAUCUAUCAAGCUGUGGACCAUAAAUAUGGCAGUCAGUUGCCCAAUGGAUCAUGGAAUGGAAUGAUUGGGGAACUCAUCAACAAGAAAGCAGACAUUGCAAUCUCAGCAAUAACCAUCACUCCAGAGAGAGAGAGCGUUGUGGAUUUCAGCAAACGCUACAUGGAUUAUUCCGUUGGAAUCCUCUUGAAAAAGCCGGAGGAAAAGAUUAACAUUUUCUCAAUCUUUGCUCCCUUUGACCUGGCGGUCUGGGCCUGCAUUGCUGCUGCGAUCCCUCUGGUCGGGGUCCUGAUCUUUGUGCUCAAUCGGGUGCAGUUGGUCCGAACUCAGACACCAACACAUCCUCAGAGCCCCCCUUCCACCUCCAACACUCUUCACAGUGCCAUCUGGCUGGUAUAUGGUGCAUUCGUUCAACAAGGUGGGGAUUCACCCAUGAACUCGGUUGCUAUGCGGAUUGUAAUGGGAAGCUGGUGGCUUUUCACAUUGAUCGUAUGUUCCUCGUACACAGCCAACCUAGCUGCGUUCCUGACUGUGUCCCGAAUGGAUAACUCCAUCCAGGCACUAGAUUUCACGUGUGAUUUUAGCGAGAGGCCGGUCCCAUUGAAACACUUCACAAUAAAGCCACAUUUCAAUCGACAGCAGAACAUCACAAACCUGAACAUCGCCAAGUAG